AUGUCCACCGCCACCACUGGAUCCCCUGCAUCUGGCAACGAAGCCAUUGUUAUCAACAACCAAACACUUCUCAACGUCAACAUGACAAAUGUCACCAAACUCACUACCACCAACUACCUCAUGUGGAGCCGCCAAGUUCAUGCCCUCCUUGAUGGCUAUGAUCUUGCCUCCUACAUCAACGGAUCUACCACUGCUCCGUCCGCCACUGUCACCAACGGUGACAUCACCUCUGCUAAUCCAGAGUACACGCACUGGAUCCGACAAGACAAACUUGUCUACAGUGGCCUUCUCGGUGUGAUCUCACCGACCAUUCAACCACUCCUCUCUCGUGCCUCAACCGCUGCCGAGAUCUGGGAGACCCUUGCCGCGACAUAUGCCAAACCAAGUCGUGGGCACAUCAAGCAACUCAAACACCAACUCAAGUCAUCGACCAAAGGAUCCAAGUCCAUCGACGAGUAUGUCCAAGGUCUCACCACCAUCUUUGACAAACUUGCCAUCCUUGGCAAAGUCAUUGAACAUGAAGAUCAGGUUGAGUCUAUACUUGAAGGUCUUCCUGAAGAGUAUAAGACGGUUGUUGACCAAAUCGAAGGCCGUGACGAACCUCCGAGCAUUGCUGAUGUUCAUGAACGCCUUUUGAACCAUGAGGCUAAGAUACUCUCUGUGGCUUCCUCUCCCAGCUUCCCUGCCUCUGCCAAUGUUGUCUCCCAACGCAACAACAACAACACCAACAACAACCGCCACCACCACAAGCCCUCCCCUCAUCACCAACCAUCCAACAAUCAGUGGCACAACAACAACAACUCACACAGAUCUGACAAAACACCAAGACCCUACCUCGGUCGCUGUCAGCUGUGUGGAGUCCAAGGUCACUCUGCGCGUCGCUGCACUCUCCGCAUCCAGUACCAGACUCCCACCCCACCUCCACCACCACCAUCCUCUCGCCCAUGGCAACCUCAGGCUCAUCUCGCCAACGCUGCCAAUCCACCAGAAACCCAGUGGCUCCUCGACAGUGGUGCCACACACCACAUUACAUCCGAUCUCAACAACCUCUCCUUCCACCAGCCCUACAAUGGUGGAGAUGAAGUUGUCAUAGGUGAUGGUUCUGGACUUGGUAUCUCGCAUACUGGUUCCACACUCUUUCCCUUACCUUCUAAAACUCUCGCUCUCAAUAAAGUUCUCUAUGUCCCAAACAUACACAAAAACCUUAUUUCUGUUUACCGCCUUUGUAACUCUAACCAAGUGUCUGUCGAAUUCUUUCCUGCAUCGUUUCAGGUGAAGGAUCUGAACACGGGGGCCCAAUUGCUCCAAGGACGAACCAGGAAUGAGUUGUAUGAGUGGCCGGUCUCACCAACUGUUGCCACAAGUCUCUUUGCUUCACCAACUCCAAAAACUUCUCUGUCCUUUUGGCAUUCACGCCUGGGACAUCCGUCGUCUUCUAUAUUAAACUCUGUUGUCUCGCAAUUUGCUUUACCAGUUUUAAAUCCUUCCAAUAAACAAUCCCCUUGUUCUCACUGUCUCAUAAACAAAAGUCACAAACUACCUUUCGCCAACUCCUCAAUUCUCUCAAACAGACCCCUCCAAUACGUUUUUACAGACCUAUGGUCAUCCCCAAUCACUUCCAUUGACAACUACAAAUAUUACCUUGUCCUCAUUGACCACUACACACGCUACAGCUGGCUAUUUCCUCUCAAAAAGAAAUCUGAUGUCUGUGCAACCUUCAUCGCAUACAAAGCUCUUGUUGAAAACUACUUCAACACUCGCAUCACCACACUAUACUCAGACAAUGGUGGUGAAUUUGUAGCUCUACGACCCUAUCUAACUGAACAUGGGAUCUCUCACCUCACCUCGCCUCCUCACACACCAGAACACAAUGGUGUGUCCGAACGAAAGCAUCGCCACAUAGUCGAAACCGGCAUGACUCUUCUCUCUCAGGCAGCCGUACCAAAGACCUACUGGCCAUAUGCCUUCGCUGCUGCCAUCUACCUCAUCAAUCGACUUCCCACGCCUGUACUUGCUCACCUAUCCCCAUACCAGAAGCUAUUCAACAAGACCCCUAACUACUCUCGAUUGCGUGUAUUCGGUUGUCAAUGCUUCCCCUGGCUACGACCCUACAACAAACACAAACUCGAAGACAAAUCCAAACCGUGCGUCUUUCUCGGCUACUCCAUCACACAAAGCGCCUACCUGUGUCUCGAUCCAACUACGGGUCGUGUCUUCACCUCUCGCCAUGUUCAAUUCGAUGAAGCCACUUUCCCAUUCAAGUCGCCAAUUUCACCAUCUCCCCAAAUUGACGAUCCAAUCUCCGCCUCUCCCUCACCAAUGGUAACUUUGGUUCCUCCGGCAUCACUCACAGCUCCUUCUCCGGUUCUCCGAGCAUCACCGCCUCCGUCUUCAACUCCUCACCCGACACCAACGACGGAGCUGGUUUCAUCGCCGUCAAAUGCUCCAUCGUCGCCGGAAAGUCCUCGACAGUCAUCAUGUGACAUCUCUUCCUCUCCUUCUUCUCACUCUAGCCCAACACAACUCUCCACUGACCAUGAAUCAAGCCCAUCACCAAGCCCACCUCCUCGCCAACCUACCCGUACGGCCCACCGAAACACUCAGACCCAAAAUGUCCCUCAGCCCACACAAACUGAGCCCACUCGCCACCAAAUGCAAACAAGAUCCAAAAACAACAUCUCCAAACCGAAUACCAAAUUUAACCUCUCAUCCCUUCUUACAUCGACCAAAACCAAACCAUUCAUUCCCAAGACUGUGAACCAGGCUUUGCGAGAUCCCAACUGGAAUCCUCCCUGCUCUGAUGAGAUCAAUGCCAUGAUUCGUAAUCGGACAUGGAGUCUUGUUCCACCUCAUCCCUCACAAAAUGUGGUCGGAUGCAAAUGGGUUUUUACAAUUAAACAACUUGCUAAUGGUUUGCUUGACAGGAACAAAGCCCGCCUCGUUGCCAAAGGCUUCCAUCAACAGCAAGGCAUUGACUACGCUGAAACCUUCAGUCCGGUGAUCAAAUCCACCACCAUUCACACGGUCCUAAGCACUGCCGUCACCAAGUCAUGGGCACUACAUCAACUUGAUGUAAACAACGCAUUCCUGCAAGGAUCACUGACUGAGGAAGUCUACAUGCAACAACCACCUGGAUUUGUUGAUCGUGAUCGACCUGAUCAUGUCUGUCUUCUCCAUAAACCGAUCUACGGCCUCAAACAGGCACCACGGUCGUGGUACCUUGAGCUCCGCAACUAUCUCAUCUCCAUUGGCUUCAAAAACUCUCUUGCCGACACAUCUCUCUUCAUCUACAAGAACGGUGCUGACAUUGCAUACCUUCUGGUCUACGUUGACGAUAUCAUCGUCACUGGUAACUCAUCUCCACUUAUCUCCCACGUCCUCCAAUCGCUGGCUGAUCGCUUCUCUAUCAAAGACCCUACCGAACUACAUUACUUCCUCGGCAUCGAAGUUCAUCGCACAAGGCAGGGUCUUCACAUGAAUCAACGCAAAUACAUUGCGGAUCUUCUUCAAAAGACGAACAUGACGAACGCCAAACCAGUGGCAACUCCAAUGGCGACCUCUCCAAAACUCACUCUCAACUCUGGUGAAGCUCUGUCUGAUCUGCGUGACUACAGAACCAUUGUUGGGAGUCUCCAAUACCUCGCGUUCACGCGACCGGACAUUGCAUAUGCCGUCACCCGCCUUUCUCAAUUCAUGCAUCGGCCCACGCAUGACCACUGGAAUGCCGCCAAACGUGUCCUCCGCUACCUCGCCGGUACACUCUCCCAUGGCGUCUUCCUCAAGGCAUCAAACAAACUCACUCUCCAUGCCUUCUCUGAUGCCGACUGGGCUGGUGACACCGACGACUACGUCUCCACGCAAGGCUACGUCAUCUAUCUCGGAAACCAUCCCAUCUCCUGGUCCUCAAAGAAGCAACGCGGUGUGACUCGCUCCUCCACCGAAGCCGAGUACCGAUCAGUCGCCAAUACGGCAUCGGAACUACGAUGGAUAUGCUCUCUUCUUACUGAAAUGCACAUCUCACUUCCCUCAACGCCGGUCAUCUAUUGUGACAACAUUGGAGCAACCUACUUAUGUGCCAAUCCGGUGUUUCACAGCCGCAUGAAACACAUUGCCCUCGACUACCACUUCAUCCGUGAACAAGUACAAUCUGGCGCUCUCCGUGUCACUCAUGUCCACACGAACGACCAACUUGCUGACUCCUUCACGAAAGCCCUGCCACGCACACGUUAUCAACAUCAUUGUUCCAAGAUUGGAGUUCACAAGUUACCUCCAUCUUGA